AUGUCUCCUGCCACCACCAAGAUCACGCUCCCGAAUGGCACGUCGUACGAGCAGCCGACCGGCCUGUUCAUCAACAAUGAGUUCGUUUCUGGCUCCUCGAAGAACAAGAUCGAGGUCACAGACCCGAACACGGGCAAGAGCAUCAUCGAAGUCGAGGCAGCUUCGGUGGAAGAUGUCGACCGAGCUGUCGCAGCAGCCAGGGCCGCCUUUGAGGGAGACUGGAGCUCGGUGCCUGCGAUCCAACGAGGAGCGCUGUUGUACAAACUCGCGGAUCUCGUGGCUCGCGACCGAGAGCUGUUGGCCGCCAUCGACGCAUUCGACAACGGAAAGCCGUACGGCGAUGCGCUGGCCGUCGAUCUCGAUGAAGCGAUCAAUGUCUUCCGAUACUACGCCGGUUGGGCGGACAAAAUCUUUGGCAAGACAAUCGAGACUUCGCCCGAAAAGCUGGCAUAUAUUCUGCAAGAGCCUCUCGGAGUGUGCGCUCAAAUCAUCCCAUGGAACUUCCCCAUGAUGAUUCUGGCCUGGAAAGUCGCCCCAGCGAUCGCGUGUGGCAACUCAGUCAUCGUCAAACCAGCCGAGCAAACCCCAUUAUCCGCCCUCUACUUCGGCAAGCUUGUGCAAGAGGCUGAGGCCCCCGCCGGUCUUAUUAACAUCCUUCCCGGCCAUGGCGGAGAAGCUGGUGCUGCCUUGGCCGGCCAUCUCGACGUCGACAAAGUCUCGUUUACGGGAAGCACCGCUACCGGACGGAAUAUCAUGCGAGCUGCGUCGAGCAAUCUGAAGAAUGUCACCUUGGAGUGUGGAGGCAAGAGCCCGCUGAUAGUGUUUGCUGAUGCGAAUCUGGAGCAGGCGGUGAAGUGGUCGCAUGUGGGCGGCCUGUUCAACCAGGGCGAGGUAUGCACAUCGACUUCCCGCAUCUACGUCGAGGACUCCAUCUACGACAAGUUCGUGGAGUUGUUUGUCAAGGAAGUCAAGGCGGCAUCGAAAGUCGGGGCGCCGUUCGAUGAUGGAACCUUCCAAGGCCCUCAGGUAUCUCGCGCGCAGUUCGACAAGGUCAUGAAGUACAUCGACAUCGGGAAACAGGAGGGAGCCAAGGUAGAGAUGGGCGGAUCCAAAGUCGAGGGCGAUGGAUACUUCAUUCAGCCCACAAUCUUCACCAACGUCGAAGAAGGCAUGAAAAUCAUGACCGAGGAAAUCUUCGGCCCCGUUGUGGCCAUCGGCCGCUUCACCGAUGAGAAAGAUGCUAUCCGCAAAGCCAACAACUCCUCCUACGGCCUCGCGGCAGCCGUAUUCACCGAGAACAUGCGGAAGGGACACAAGGUCGCGGCGAAACUCGCGGCGGGUAUGGUGUGGAUCAACUCCUCCGGGGACUCGCAUUUCGGGAUCCCAUUCGGCGGAUACAAAUCCUCGGGCAUCGGCAAGGACUUGGGUCCGUACGCACUGGAUUCCUACACCCAGGCCAAAGCAGUGCAUGUCAAUCUCGGCGUAGAUCUUUGA